GUUUGAAAUAGUGACUAUAUGGGCGGCAUAGCGAAGAAAAUCUCAAAAGAAAAGGAUCGUAGUUUGAUUGACAGCUGUUUCUGUCUCGGUGAUACAUAACUUCUAUCAAAGCUGUCAGCUAUUAUAAUAUAACGCCAUUUUGUGUAAUACACUUCUCAACACAGCGUUUGUUUUGAGAUAUGAAAUUUAGUUAAAGUUUUGGACUUGAUUAUACAAAAGAUUUGGAUAUAUAUGUGUUUGUGACAAAAUGCCAGUUAUGGAUCGAUACGAAUCAAUGAAAAUGUUGUCGUCGUCGGCUUCACAGUACUUGCCGCCGGAUUACUUACAGCCCCUUCCAACAACACUUGACGCUAAAAAUAGCCCCCUUGCACUUCUUGCGCAAACUUGUAGUAGUAUUGGAAAGGAUCCUCCAUCCAAGUCGAUCAUACCGCCGCUUGAAAGGAAAGAGUCAGUGGGAAAAGUGUCUCCCGUUGGAAGUGAACCUGAUAGUAAAGCAACAACCCCCUUAGCAGAAAAAGAUGGUCGCAAUUCUUCGAACACUCAACGUACAAGUCGAAAUGACACGAAGGGUAUUUCAAAUUUUUACCCAAUCUCAACCUCGAGUCCGAAACCGGAAAAAUGUCAGACGGACUCUCAUAAAACAAAGGACGAGGGAAAAUACAAUGACAAUGAAAGAAAAUCACCACAGGUCAUAACAAGACCUAGGUCAUCGUCCUCAUCGGCGUCUGGAUUAAAACCAAAUAUUGACAGGGCAAGCCCCCGACCUAAAACAAAUGAACAUACAAAGGAAUUGCAUGAUUCAAAAUAUUCUCCGCCAGCAAAGAGUCAAAGGUCGGAUUCGCCAAUAAGACGAGACAGUUCUCCAUAUCAAGACGCUAAACACCAACAUUCGUUAUACCAAGGAUUACCAUAUGGGCCGUUUAGUUUACCAAAUAUUCCAUUUCCAGGGGGAAUGCAGCCGUCAGUAGAGACUUUAGUUGCUGCUGGCUACCCGUAUGGUCUUCAAGGACAUACUAGCUACAGUCUUGCCUCUGCGCAUGCUCUAGCUGCCCACCAAGCAGCUUUAAAGUCCGGGUCCUCAGCGGCUUUAUCUCAAUACAUGCAGUAUGCUAGAAUGAGAAAUCCGACAGCGCCAUCAGCAUGCAAGGAUCCUUACUGUACAAACUGUGUUUCUGCAGCAUCUCAAAAUUCACAUUUAUCUCAGUGUUCUUCUCCCGGUUGUGCUCAGUGUUCACAUGAAAAGGCAUUACAAGGAUUAGGUAUGUUCGGCCUUCCAGGGUCGAAUCAUUUACAUUCACCAUUCAGUGUGCCUUCGUCAGCUGCUGUUGGACUUACCCAUUUACAUAAUUUGUAUGCUCAAAAUCUUUUGACACAACAAGGUCAACAGCAUGUAUGUAACUGGAUGAUGGGUAGUGACUAUUGUGGUAAACGUUUUAAUUCGUCAGAGGAAUUAUUACAACAUUUAAGGACACACACUUCCGGUGGGGAAUCUGCACUAAGUGCCUAUGGCUCCCUUGGGUUAUCAAUACCCACACCCUCAGACUUACCUCCUGGACUUUCAGGAUAUUUGGGCUCCAGUGGAAAUAUAAGCCCAGAGACAUUGAGAAGAAUGUAUCCAACAAGUAUCAGUCCGCUGAGCGGAAGUGCACUUUCUAAUCGCUAUCAUCCCUACAAACCGGCGUUGUCUAAUAUGCCAACUGGAAUUCCUUCUCAGCAAUCGUUGUCAUCACUUGGACCUUACUAUUCACCAUAUAGUUUAUAUGCCCAAAGAAUAGGGGCGGCAGCUGUGCCUUAACAGUAGAGAUUUUUAAACGCUCAAUUUGUGAUAAACGCUCAUAAAUAAAUUCUGUUUGUUUUAAAAGUGCUUUUUCUAAUGUGCUAUUCCUGGAAUUUAAAAACAGUCUCCAGUAUAUUUAUUGUAAUUUAUUUCAAUUGCAUACAAUUCAAUAAAAUUAGAUAAUUGGCAUAAUUGUUUAUAUAUGUGAAUAUUUUGUUAAUGAAAUAGAAGAUAGGUGUGUCCAGGGGACUCCCGAGUUCUUUUUAUAAUAAUAUUAUUGCAAUGUAACUGUGUGACGAUGAUAUUAAAUUAAAUUUGUAUCAUUUUCUGUAAUAACUCUCAAUAUAGUAGAAAAUCGUUGUGGAUUUUAAAGACAUAUAUAUUUGUUGAUACUGAAUAAUUUAUUUAAAUAAGCAUAAAAUAAAUUAUCAAUAAAA